AUGGCCAAUCCAUCUCCAUAUUCUCCUGCUAAUGAGUAUGCUGAUCUCUUCCUCUUUGCAUUUAAUGAGGAGGUCCUGAAUAUGGAAUCAUUAAAUAGUACAUUAUGUGGUGUAUGUGAAUCCCAACAUGUGACGACAGACGCCACCUUCUGGUGUCCUGAAUGUGAUGAAGGUUUGUGUUCGACAUGCCUUAAGUAUCACAAUGCUUCCAAAUCGUUGAGAGAUCAUGAGGUCAUCCCUGUUGAUAACUACAGACAGCUACCGUCAUUUGUAGCCAGCGUACACCAAUAUUGUUCCGACCACGACAAGAAAUACCAGCUUUACUGUUUACUUCACGAAAGUCCAUGUUGCCUUCUUUGUGUUUCAACCACCCACAAAAAAUGUGACUUAACGGCACUCGAUGAAGUUGUUAAAACUUCCAAAACGUCCGCAUUAUUUGACAAUUUGGAACAAAAUCUGGAAGAUUUAAAGAAAAAUCUAAAAAGAAUAACAGAUGAUCGAGAAAAGAAUUUAUCAAAAGUACAACAUAGUAGAGAGAAAAUACAGUCUGAAAUAAAGACAAUGCGCGACAAAAUUAAUAAACAUCUCGAUAGAAUCGAGCAAAAAAUACUACAGGAUUUUGGGGAUGUAGAAAAGGGAGUUAACUCAGAGCUACGAUGUAUUCAAACAAAACUUCUCGAUCAUACCAAAACCGUAAAAGAGCUACAGACCAAUGUUUCUGUAAUUAAGAAAUAUGCAUCUGAAUUACAGACUUUUGUUGGAAUGAAGAGAAUUGAGAAGGAUAUAGACCAUGAAGAAAAGUUCGUGGUGUCCUUGUUAGAAGAUGGUAGUCUACAACAAGUUGAUAUCGAAUUUAAAGAGAAUCGCAAAAUGUGCGACUUGUUAUCCAUAGCAGAAUAUGGAAAAAUAUCCCGGAUUGCUAGUUCUCCUACAGUUGCCAUAAAGCUUGAGAAAAAUAAACAAGCCCAAUUCUUGGUCGCACCUUCUUUCGAAAAGAAAACAAUUAAUGAUAUUCAUCUGUCUUCGCAUAGGAAACUUAAAAUACCAGACCUUAAUCUUAAUAGUCCAAGUAUGUUUACAGGAUGUACAAUCACUCCUUCAGGUAAGAUAGUUCUUGUGGACUGGAAUUUUAACAAUGUGUUUAUUCUCAGCAAGAACGAGUCAUUAGAAUGUAAAAUAAAUGUAUCAAGUCAGCCUAUAGAUGUCACUUGUAUUGAUGACAAAAUUAUAGCAAUUACCCAUAACCAUCCAGAUGGUCCUUUAAAAAUUGAAACAAUAAACAUAUGUUCUAAGAAAAAAGAGAAAGACAUUGAUAUUUCAGGUUGUUGUUAUGGAAUAACAAAUAUUCAUGGAAGGAUAAUAUAUUGUUCUUUAAGCAAAGGUAUUCAGGCAGUACAUUUUUCUGGUAAUGAUCAUUCCACUAUAGUUGAGCAACCAAUGAUGUUUGAAUGGAAAUAUGUUACAGCGUCUGAAGAUAAACUUUAUCAUACCAAUCGUAUAACUGACAUAGUCACGUGUUACAACACCACAGGAGAGAAAGUGUGGGAAUACAACGAUAAAUCAUUUCUGAAGAACAUUCGUGGUGUUACUACUGACAACGACGCCAAUGUUUACGUUGCAUCCUUUGGCAAUCACAGUAUCGUCGUUAUAUCAGCAGAUGGAAAACAUGCUAGACGUCUCAUUCGAGGAGAGGAUGGUUUAUCUCAGCCGUGUGGUAUUUACCUUGACAAAACCAGAAACAAUCUGCUGAUAUCGUGUAAUAAUGGAGACGUUCAUAUGUAUAAGGUGUCAUGA